AUGGCAGCUGUCACUCGUCAGCCAUUUGCUCCUCUUGAUGGGUCCAGACUUCAAUCCCUCACAAGCAUUAAGAACAGGCAAAAUGCUAUCGCUCCUCCUACUGCCAGCAAAGGCAAACGAAAGGCUGACCUGAUUGAUACCGACGACUUCGAAAAUGUUGAUCCUUCAGCUUUUGCCAAACGAUCCAAGGGAUCAAAAGACUUGACCAGAGAUAUCCUCAAACCUUCGGCUUUUCACCUCAAGACUCCAUCUCUACCCGCCCUACCUGCUCUGUCUGCUCCCUCUCCAAUCCCCAGUCGCCUCAGCCCAACCAAAUCCCGCCGCACUCUUCAAGUAAAGUCUCCUGCAAAGACCAACAGCGGCAUCUCAAAGUCCACUCCCGUUCAUGCACCCGCUGGUCGAUCCCCUACCCGAACCACCAAACGAUCUGGUCUUGGACCAAGCCGACGACGCACUCUUGGACGUAUUGAUCCUCCCACUCUUCUUGGUGCUGCCGCUCCCUUUUCUCUCGAUGCCGCCCUCAAAGGCACCAUUCCUGGCUAUGCUGCCAAGCCGGCUCCCAAAGAACCUGUUCUACCAGACAUGAAGGCCAGCUGGUUCUUUGAGAUUCACGAAGACACCCCCGAACAAGAAAUGACCAACCUCCUCCAACACAGCACAUGCACACUCGAUAUCUCAUCCGACGAGGAAAGCGAGCGCAAGCGCAACAGAGAUCGCGCUGAAGGUCGCGACAAGGAGAAUGUUCCUCCUCCCGAUGACGUAUCUCAGACUCGUCGCUCACCCAGAGCCGACGACAUGAUGGUGGAGAAAGAACGCGUCGCAUUGGGAGAAAUGAGCCCUGCAGACUUUUACGCUGAGGGAUGCGACGAGACAUCAGUCAUCAUUGUACCAGCAGAUGAGCCAGAGAGCAGUGUUGUGGAGAGCAACGUUCCAGAACUGAGCACCAUUCCAGAGUCAAAUCUCGAGUCUCUCGAGUCAAGCAGCCUUCCAGAACUCGAGGCUGUUGCUACACAAGAAGAUAUUGAUAGCCUCAUGGCCAAGCCUACAGAAGGAACAUCAAAAGCUGCUGUCUUGGAACCUAUUGAAGGAACAGGAGAAAGUUUUGAGCUAUGGGAGAGUGGUAGCGCACAUGACGAAGACACAACUUCAUGA